UGUUAGUUGCACACCAAGCAGGCAUGGCGUCCUUCAGUCAGAGACACAAGUAGCAGACAGAUAUAUAUAUUUACUCUUUUGUAUCUAUCUGUUUUUUUUUUUUGUAUGUAACGUUAGCUGUAGAAAUCCCUUCACAAUGGCGACCAGGACCGUGUGUCGAGUUCUCCCACGCCGCUUUGCGUCUGCCGCAGCGGUUGUGCGUCCCCUGACCGCAGAGGUGCGCAGCCAGCGCAACGCCGUCUUCUCCAGAGAGCAGGCCAGGCAGCGAGCUCUGUACCCUCGCAUCGAGAAGAUAGAGGUGUCCAUGCAGGGCCCCGGGUUGGAUGGUACUCUGCUCAUCAUGAACAGAGGAAUGUCCACUCCGCUGAGCUGUGCCAGACACCUGACACAGCGUCACGUGACCAACUCGGCGCUGGCCCUGGUGGACGGGGAACCGUGGCCUCUCCACCAGCCCCUCACCCGCUCCUGCUCGCUCACUCUGCUCACAUUUAAAAGCAGUGAGCCAACGCUGGUCAACCAGGCCUACUGGCGUUCCUGCGCUGCCUUGCUCGGCCAGGUGCUGGAGACUGCGUUCAAGGACGACUUCACUGUGGACCUACUCAGCACACCAGAGGUGCCAGUCACUUCUGGGGCCUUCUGCUGUGAUGUUGUGCUCGACCCUCAGCUGGACUCAUGGACUCCCUCUGAGGAGUCGUUGCGGUCUCUGACCCGAGGGGCCCAGCAGCUAAUCCACAAGGACCUGGCCUGGGAGCCUCUGGAAGUGGCGCCCUCUGUGGCACUGGAGGUCUUCUCACACAGCAGGUGUAAACAGGAAGAGGUGGAAGA